CACAUCGAAUGCUCUUGGCGACAGAUAGAGUUAACCCUUAAUAGGUAUAAGAGAUUAGCGGCAGCUGAGCAGGGCAGCAGCAGUGGGCCCUGCACGGUAGUCUUGAGCAGCUAUAGCUUUUAUGACGAGUUGAUUCAAAGCGGUGGCGCGCAGAUCCUCUUCCUUGUUGCCAGCAUGGCUACUAUCGCAAGCGUCAAAUGGUCGAGCCCUUUGCAUGUACAGGGCGUUUUGAGAAUUGGAAGAGAAGAGAGGUUGCCUGGAACUUGCCUAACAUGCAUCGCAAACGGAAAUGCUGACAAGCAGAGAGGGUCGUGGCACCUGAUUGGCGGCAGCCCUGGCUUGAAAAGCCGGUUUUCUGCUCAGAGCACUUGCUGGCAGAGUUUGAAGGAGAGGCAAAAGUUACGAGGAAGCGUUCUGCGAGCAGCGGCUGAUUCGGAAGCAGAGAACGUAGAGGCGCAAGAUAUACCACAGGCUGCUAGUCCGGAUUCUUUUUUGUCAUACGAGGAGGCAGGGCUUGUGGAGUUCGCAACUAACCUAGAUAUGCAUGAGCGCUUCUUGGCGCGACUUACGAUAUCAUCCCUCAACCUGUUGAGGGUCAUCUCGAAACAAGAGGGGGUUCCCAUUGAGGAGCUAAAUGCUGGCCGUGUUGUAGACUGGUUCUCCAAAGAUAAAGAGAAGCGGAAAGAAGAUGUAAAUUCAGCGGUCCUGAAGUGGCCGUCGAUGCCCGAUGACGACUUUCAGAAUUCUAUCUGGUAGUAGAUUCUAAGAUCGAUUUUGCAUUUUGGUUGCGGCUCAGUCGGACUUUCUCAGGUCCCAAGUUCAGCAGCGGUUUUGGGCGUUAUUCGUGCAAUUGGAUUCUGACACCACCUUAUGCUUGCGGUUCUGCCUAGCUCAAACGCCAUCUAAAAGUUGUACUGUGAGUUUAGUACAGGUUCUGAAGCCCUAUCACAUCGGCACAUGAUGAGCAUAGCGGGCCUGAGUGAACCGAGUGAACUCCUUCAGUAAUUGCAAUGGAACAAUAGCUUGCAGUAUGAUUUCACCGUUCCACUGUCAC